CAUGUCUGUGUGCCCCAGGGCUGCCAAGCCAAAACAGGAGAGCAGGGGCUGGCACAGAAGCUGGGACAACCCAGGAGAAGAGCUAGGCCAAUCCACCUGCAUUUGUCCCCAACAGAACUCUCACCAUGAAGACCCUCCUGCUACUGGCAGUGAUCUUGGUUUUUGGCAUACUGCAGGCCCAUGGGAAUUUGCUGAAUUUCCACAAAAUGAUCAGGUUGACGACGGGGAAGGAAGCUGCAUCCAGUUAUGGUUUCUACGGUUGCCACUGUGGCGUGGGCGGCAAAGGAUACCCCAAAGAUGCAACAGAUCGGUGCUGUGCCAUUCAUGACUGUUGCUACAGCCGUCUGGAGAGACGUGGAUGUGGUACCAAAUUUCUGGGCUACAAAUUUAGCAACAAGGGGAGCCAAAUCACCUGUGCAAAACAGGAAUCCUGCAGAAGUCAACUGUGUCAGUGUGACAAAGAAGCUGCCUACUGUUUUGCUAGAAACAAGAAGACCUAUAAUAAAAAAUACCAGUACUAUUCUAACGGAAAGUGCAGCGGGAGAACCCCCAGUUGCUGAGAGCCCCUUCUUCUCUGGAGGCCUUGCCACCCAAUGCUGUUUUCUUCUGUCACACCCUCCCUCCCUCCUGUAGCCAAGUUCCUUGGCAAUGAAGGAAACACCCUCUCCCAUC